UUUUAUUUGAAUUUUCAGUAUUAUCAACAAAUUUAGAAAGUAUCCCAGGCUUAACAAACGCUCAUCCGGUUGUAUUUGGAAUCAAAAGCAUUACAAAUGAAAGUAUACAUUCUCCGGCCCUUGUGAGCAUUGAAGCUUCUGUUGGACAUAUAAUGUGGCAUUUAGAGCUUCCUUCACAAGCUAAUUCUAUCACGUGCAAUGAGCUAGAUGUUAAUGAUGACAAGGUGCUAGAUUGUAUGGUACUUGGUGAUGGAUUCUUAAUGUUAAUUAAUGGAACUGAUGGUCAGAUUUUUUGGAAACUUCAGUCUGAAGCCUUCUCCAGUCCAGUAGUUGUUUCUGAUUGUGAUGAAGAUACCAUUGCUGAUAUUGCUGUAUUUUCCUCAUCUCCAAACAUUUCUAUCUUAGUAUUAUCUGGGUCUUCAGGAAAGACCGUUUCAUCUCAUCCUGUACGUCAGUGUAAUACGUUGCCAGGGGUUGCUGUUGCUCGCAAAAUGGGAGCGAAAAAUUUGUUGGAUGUAAUCUUUUCUUGUGUUGAUGAGCAAGAAGAUGGACAUCUGUGGUCCAUUUCUGUGGAAGAUUUAUGUCAGUCCAAAAUGUUGAAAACAAAAAUAAAUCUUAUUCAGGUUCCAGGGAUUGACCAAAUCACAGACUUUCAUUUGUUAAAUGUGCCUGCAGGAGAAAGUAAAGAAGACGUGAUCGUUUGGAAUGAAACAAAUAUUGUCCUCCUCAAAGACCAGGAUUAUUCUAAUAAGUGGACCUUCUUUCUGGCUCCAAAUACGAUAAUCAGUUCAGUGACAGUGGGCAAUUUUUACGGCACAAACACCACAGACAUUGCUGUUAGUGUAACAGAAGAUGGAGACCCUUCUCAGGUUCUUGUUCUUGAUGCUUCUACGGGCACUGUGCAGUGGAACCAAACCUACGAAAAUGGAACAGUCGUAUUACUCACGAAUAUUCCUAAGUUGUUUACUACUGAAGAUGGAUUGUUGCUGAAGUCUAUUACACAGGUUAAGACUGUUGACGUAAAAUACUCUGAAGGAACAACACAGUUCAAGGAAUACUUGGAACAGUAUGGCGUAGUAGAAUGUAGAAAUUCCGAUACUGUUAGCAUUGUGGCUAGUGAAAUCACCUUUCACGCCUGUUCAGGUGGGUCUAAUGUUAUCAAAUGAUUUAAAUUUUGCUUU